AUGCACGGCCUUGUCGCCGCCCUGCUCUGCGGGCUGGCUGUCGCAGCGCCCAGCUGCCCAGCGCCCGCACCAUCGCUGGGCACGCUGCAAACGCUCAAGUACAACUACCUGAGCGCCCAGAACAACGGCACAUCGGCGGUGCUGGUCCACGACCAGCUCAGCAACGCUGCUGCCCAGACUCGCUGCGCUGCCAUUGGGGAGUCGCUCUACCCCUUCGCGUCUGCGCCCGCCGCCAACCGCACUGAGCUGGCGCAUCAGUUUGACUACCUGGUCUAUGCCCAGGACCUGCGCCGCGACCAAGACGUCUGGGUGGCCGGCGCAGAUGCAGGAAAAGGAGGAAAAGGAGGAGACUGCCAGGCGUAUUCGCCCAGCCAGAGAGAGGUCGUGUCUGUCCCCUGCGACCGCCGACUGCCGGCGCUGUGCACUGCCAAUGUGCCCCCGACUCGGGAUAUCGACCGGACUGUCGUGCCCUCGUCCAAGGUCACCGUUUCGACCGCGGGUUACACACUGACCGGCUACCGCGAUGCGCGGUCCUUCCGGUUCCUCGGCAUCCCGUUCGCCGACCCCCCUGUUGGUGAGCUGCGUCUUGCGCCUCCGCGGGAGUACUCUGGCCCUAAACGCAUCGACGCCACCAGACUCGGCGCCUCAUGUAUCCAGUCGGUCUCUGGCUUUGGCGCGUCGCGCGACAUCUCCGAGGACUGCCUGUACUUGAACGUCUUCACGCCAAUCGUGCCCGAGCGGCCCGGCAUAGUGCGCAAGCCCGUCGCGGUCUACUUCUACGGUGGCGCCUUCACCAGCGGUACCGCGUCGAUCAUCGACUACGACGGCGGCAAUUUCGCCAGUCGCAACGAUCUCGUCGUCGUCACCGUCAAUUACCGUCUCGGCGCGCUCGGCUGGCUAGCCACGGGUAACCUGACCACCGGCAGCUACGGCACCCGAGACCAGAUCCUCGCCCUCCGCUGGGUGCAGGCGAAUAUCGCAGCUUUUGGCGGCGACCCCAGCCACGUCACCAUCUUUGGCCAGUCGGCUGGCGGCCAGAGCGUCGUCGCCCUGCUCUCCUCGACCGCCGCCCGCGGUCUCUUCUCCGGCGCCCUCAUCCAGUCCGCUCCUGUCGACCUUCCCUGGUACACCCGGCAAGUCUACAGUGAAUUGGUCGUCCCCCACGUCGCGCAAGCUGUGGGCUGCGGUAACGCGACGACUGAGUCCGAGUCUGCGCUGCUCCGCUGCUUGCGCAGUCUGCCGGCGACAUCCUUCCUCGACAACUCGACGGCCUUUGAAGCCGCCACAUCGGCAAUCGCAACCGACGUCGCCGACUCCUACCUGCAUGUCUCGCAGCUCCUCGCCUCGAUUGAACCCUUUAUGCCCAUGGUCGACGACUCCGACUCGGCUUCGGGCGUCAUCGACAACCAAUUCCACCGCUUGGUCUCGGAAAACACUCUCCCCAACCGCGUCCCGACCUUCUUCACGACGACGCCGGACGAAGCAGCCCUGUACGUGAACCGGCUGGUGCCCGAACUCGGAUCGGCGCAAUCCGGCCUCAACACCCUGCUCGGUCUUGCUUACCCGCCCCCCCUCGCCUCUGCGCUCAUCAAUGCAACCGCAUUCCCUACAGACACAAAGCAGCCAGAUUCUGUCCGUAUCGAGGGCGCCUCCGCUCUUACCCACAGUGAAUGGUCGUGUCCUCUCGCGCACCUCCUCCGGGUCGCCGUCCCGGGCACAUUUCCGACCCUGUACAGCGCACAGAUCACUGACGGGCAUGCGCAGAGCAACGGCUCGACACCGGAUAUUUGCAAGCCGAACGCCAUCUACAAUGCGACCUGCCACUCAAACGAUGUUCUGCCGGCGUGGGGAACGCUGAAUUCCAAGACGAUUGACGUACUGCCGUACUACGGGCUCGCUGACCUGAAACACAGUCAGUUUUUGAAUGAUAUCUUUGGUUCCUUUUUCAGGUCAUAUGACCCGAAUCCGGAUCUUGAUAUGCUCCGUCUGCGCGGGAGCGCGUAUGAACAUACCCUCAAUGUAUUCGGAGCCGGGUACAAGAUCGAUGAGUAUACUCCUGCCGAAAAGACCGUGCCUUUGCUGGGACGCCUUCCUGGCCGGACGGCCAAUCCGGGGGUUACGGAGCAGUGUGACGUUUUCGAGGCGUAUGGGUAUACCUUUGAGAACGCCGUCUUUACGGAGGCUUGA